AUGGGUGAUACCCAAAAAAAUGCUACACAAUCUGCAGACCAUAAGAAUGUCCUUCCGGACGUCGUACAUUCUCAACAGAUCCCCACUAUGGAAACGGUUGUAGACUAUGAAACUGAAUCUUUUCUCGAUACUGGCCAGAGUACAGAAGGCGCGAAAUCUCAAGAUGUCGAGGAUAAGACCGAAUCAAUUUCAGAACAUGUUCCUUCCAAAAUUGAUUACUCGAUAUCAGAGUCUGAAAAUGUUUUACUUCCACAUUCUUCACACAAUUUUGUAAAUGUUGAUGGUAGUAAAGAGAAAGUGUCUGAUAUUAGUUCAAAUAUACUUCCCACUCACUCUACAGUUAGUGAAAAUUUUGAUCAGGACCCUUCCAAGCACUCUUGGAAUCUAGAUAUUGGUAAGAAUGUUAACCUUAGUAAAGAGAGUCCAAUUAAUUUGGCUCUUUCUUCAGAUUCAAAAGAUACUCAUCAUGAUGAAAAGUCCUUAUCUAUUCAAUCAAGUGAAUAUGAAAGGGAGAAACCGGAAGAAAGUGAUAGAAAUCAAUCUGACCAAUUCCUUCAUGCACAGGAUGAGAACAAUAAACAAGAAGAGGAAAACAAGAAACUUGAUAGUCCAAAAGACUCCCUGCAUAGUGAAUAUCUCGAUUCUUUGAAUGGUGAUAGCAGCAACUGUUCUCAUUUAAUUGAUGACAAAGAUAAUUACUCAGAGAAGUCAAAUAAUUGUGUUGAAAAAGGUGAGGAAUCUCCUAGUAAAUGUCGUUCUGGGUCUGAGGAGAUUAUAAAACUGGACAUCAGGGGUCAUGGUGUGCCAAAAUUUCCUAUACAAGCUUCCAAAAUAAUUUUUGGGGCUCCUCCAGGCAGUACUGUUGUAGAUACCAAUAUAGAGACGAUACCCACAUUUCAUAAUUUAUUGUCACCAUUUCUUGUUGGUACUAGUGAAGGUGUUAGAGUUGAGGAGAUAUUUGAUGAAAUUGAUCAGAAAUGUGAGCUACCAUCACCUGACAAGUCACCAGUAGAGAGUUUGUCUAGUGAUAAAACAGAGAAGGAUUUAUUGGUUGAAGAAAUGACUAUUGAAAAUACAAAGGAGAAAGAAAAGAGUGAAGAUACAUCACCUGUACAGCCUAAAUCAAUGCCUGCAGAGGAUACAAUAUCUUUCAGUACAUUGACUACAGAUUAUAAAACAAUUUGUGAAGAAUACCAAGCAAAGCUUGUGCACUUCGAAGAUGCGAUCACGCGGCGUGACGAACUAAUCGAAGAACUGACCGUCUCAUUACAGCGAUCUAUUCAAGAACGGGACCUGCUCAGAGUUGAUAAUGACCAUCUCACGAGAGAACUACAAAACCUACAGCACGUUAUUGGCGAGAGACCACAAUCAGAGCAAGAUACAAUCCAAGCUCAAUUGUCCGAUUACAUGAAAUAUCAGAGCAUGCUAAAAGACGACAGUACUAAAUUCUAUUCAGCCAUUAUGAGCGGUACGAAUUCCUUGCAAAGCUCAAAUGGGGAAAAAGACAUUGAUCGGGAAGAAAUUAUGGUUAAUUGUUCCAAAUCUGACCUAAGAUCUUCAGAAACUGACGAAUUUGAAAACGGUUUCGAGACAAAAGUCGUAACAUUAUUAAAUAAAUUUGAAGAGUAUAUUGAGGAAAAUUUAAGAAAUAAGUUACGCGAAAGUAUUAUACAGGUACUUUGUGACGAAAUUGGUAAAAUGCGAAUAGAUUUUGACACUGAAAUAAAAGAAUUGGAGGCUCAACUCCAACAGGAUAAACAAGCAUUCUCUAUAGAAACCAGACGUUUGAGGGAGCUGCUGUCAUCCGUUAAGGCGGGAAACGCUGACAUUGACUUAUUAAGAGAAGAGCUCAGCAUUAAACAUGAAAAAGAGAUGGAGAACCUUCGGACAUAUUUUGAAAAAAAGUGCUCCGACUUAGAGCGCAGCUAUUCGGAGGAGGUGUGGCGCGGGCGUGCGUGCGUUUCCCCCGCUGUCUCCCUGCAGUCGGAGUGCGCGGACGCGGCCGGCGACUGCAGACGACGCACGCGCAGUGCUGACCUACCCUCGCUUACUCAAGACUCUACUCCAAUGGAACAAAUGUUGAAACAAGCGCAUAAGAAUUUCGAGCGGCAAAUCGAAGAUCUGAAAAGUGAACAUUUAGCUUAUGUGAAUGAGCUGCAAACGAGGCAUAGAGAAGUUGUCGUUUCUUUAGAAGAACAAGUUAUUCAACUGAAAGCUCACAUCCAGACAGCUGAGAAUACAGAGAGCAAUGUGUCGAUAUACCAGCAGGACAUUGAUUUGGAGCUGGAGAAGUCCGAGGUAGAGACCAGGCUGGAACAGGUUCGCCAAGAAGUUCUGCAGCAAGUGCAAGAGCAGAUUAAGGUAUCAUCUAAAAAGUCCGAUACUGAGUAA